AUGUCGUCCGAACCCAGGACGCUCAAGUCGAUCUUUGCAAAGCCACCAGUCAAGAUCAUUGUGGGCUCCGAUGAUUCUGUUUACUAUGUCCACCAUGGUGUCCUUGAGACCCACCCCGCAUUUGAUGCUCGGCUGAAGGAGUCGACUGAUCAAUACGAGAAUGUGAUCGAUUGGUCCGGUUUUGACGAGCAGACCGUGGAGUGCGUACUGAGCUUUCUUUACUCUGGGAGUUAUCAAACGCCGCUCGGAAGCUCAGAGGCAGUUGAUGAGGAUGACGCAGCAGAUGCGGGGGAGGAGGUGCUCACAGAAGAGGAAGACGAGGAUGGUGAGGCGACAGAAGUCACAGAGGAUGACAUCGAGGAAGCUCCUGAAGGUACAGAUGCAGAGCCUCUGUCGCCGGUCCCAGAGUCACCACCAUCGCAGGCCAUUUCAGAGUGUGAUUUGAAUGAUCGACCCUUGACUCCUUUGGACCAAUGUUGUGGAGUCAAUCUGGCCACCGAACAGGUCUCGGAAUCAAAGAUCAUCGACCAAGACCAAGACCAAGAUGAAGAUCAAGACGCAGACCAAGAAGCCAAGGGAAACACUGCCGCUGAGAUCUAUUUUCACGCCAAAGUAUACUCCUUUGCCCGUCAGCUCGACUUUUCCAAGUUGGAGCAAUUCUCCCUGAAUAGUCUCGCAGAAGUGCUUGUUGCCCUGGAAAAGUCCGAUCAAGGCCCUUUUCCAUACUUGGCCGACGCAAUCCGGCUUAUCUAUCAAACGACCACGACUGGUGACGACGGGAGGAAUCUGCUAUCGCAAUUUGUGGCACUGAGAUAUACCGCACUCGGUGGGGAGGAUUUGGAUACGCUUAUCACAGAGGGAGGAGAGUUCAUGGUCGAUCUGUCGCAUAAACUUGCCCGGAAGCUGACAACCAUCUCAACUGCGUUGGAAGAAAGGCUUGGGGAUCUUAUCAGCAGGAAUGAGGAGUUGGAGGAGGAGAAUGCAGAGAAAGAUAAGGAGCUGAAGGCUCUGAGAGAGGGCAUUCACCAGUGGAAGAAUGGAGCGGUACCCAGCUUCCCGAGUUUUACGUACCAAAUCUGA